AUGGGCAACACCAUGGUCAACUACAGCACCACCAUCGAUGACAACCAGAUCCGCCUCCCGUAUGCUCCGCACCGUGCCCCUCUCACUGCAGGCCACUCGCUGCAGGCCACUCGCUGUUUCCCUUCGACCUCCCCCCUCUGUGUCCUUUCACCCCUUUUUGGUCUUCCUCCAUCAACCCCUCUCCUCCACCCUCCGUCGCAUGCCUCCCCCCACCAGCGUGUAUCCGUACUACGUGAACCUCAAGCUGGGGUCGAGGAAGCAGGAGUUCAGCAUGGCGCUCAACCUGUUCCUGCCGCACACCUUCGUGCCCUGCGACUGUCUGCAAUGCGGCUCCAUGCGCAAGGGGGUGCGUGCGGCUCCGCCCUCCGCUCUCUCUUCCUGCGCACGCCCAGGCGGGGAUGCGGGGGCGAAAAGGGGGUGGAGAUGUGGAAGUGGGGAAGUGCACACAUAACUAAUUCCUCACCUCAAACACCCACCCAUCACCCCAUCCCCAUCCCCACUCCCGCCACAACUCCUUCUGGCCCCCCUCCCUUUCGCUCCAGACUGACUACAGCACACCGUUCCGCUGUAGCCGCAUCACACGUUUCCCUCCCUCCCCUCCGCUGGCCCUCUUUCCUUCACCCUCUCACCACCUACAGCAAGCCCUUCAACACGCUCUCCUCAACAACCCUCAAGUACAUCUCCUGCACCGACCAGAGCUGCCAGGGGGGAGUUGAGUUCGGUUUCUACGGCUGCAACGCUGAAGAGUUCCCCAACUACCUCAACAUCACGGGCCUGCUGCCUGGGGACGACGCUCUCUGCGUGUACGAUGCGCAGUCAGGAAGCUACGAUUACUAUGAAGGGGACUAUAAAGCUAACAACGGAACAGGGCCGUACCUUGAGUCAGUGGGGCAUGUGAUGCAGGACACGGUCUACCUCACUGCACCUGACGGUACCGAAGUCAACCGAUCCAUCACUCUUGGCUGUGGAGUGAACCAGCAAGGCUACUGGGGCAUGCAGGGGUGGCAGUACGGCUCGUGGGCAGCAGGAGGCGUGCUGGGGCUGGGGUGGUCCAGCACCUUCCUCUGGCAGCUCACCGGCGCGAAUAGCACGCGCACCUUGGCGGUGUGUCUGGAGGCCACACCCACGAACGAGACGGGGUGGGAUGGCGAGCUGCCGCUGCAGACAGGCAGCAGCCAUCUCACCAUCGGAGCCACCGGCCUCCCUGCCGGCGCCAGCUACGCUACCAUGUAA